GUCGUGUUGUAAGCUAACGACUAUUAAACUUAAAGAUAUAAAUACUUUAACUCCUACUGUAAAAGUAGCCCACUGGGCUACCAAUAAAAAUAUUUGGUAGCCCAUAAAAUUUUCCUACAAAAUGAUAAGAGAUAAAACAAAAUCUCUAACUGACACAUAGAAGCUGAUGUCGAUUCCAAAUACUCGCCCAGGUAAUCCAGAUCGGGGUUGGAAUGACCCGCCCAUGUUCAACUAUGCUGCUGGUACGGCCCCUGUCAGGCCCAGGCACGCCUUGAACAAGCGAGUGGCAUUCCCUAUGUCUAGUAACCCCAGCACAACACCUGGACAUGCAGUUCUCAGUCCAAGCCAGGGACCUCCUAUCAUGAAUCCCGUGCUACCAGCGGACCUUCAAGGCCCUCCACAAGUGCCACCGCCACCAUUGGUCCCUAUUGGUCCACGUGACACGCCCCUAGGGAACCAGGCCCCUCCUGUCAGCAGCGUCCAGCUCCUGCCCCCCACAACUGACCUGUCCACCCCUGAGCCAGUUCCCAUUCUCGUGGCUGCUCUGGUUCCCAGCAGUCCAACAUACGUGGACCCUCAGAGUGAUGAAGUUGUUUCGGCCCCGCACUUAGACAAGGAAGGAUUGGAUGAACUCAUGUCCAGGCUUUCUCUUAAGUCUGAUGAGGGUCUUCUUGAUUACACACUGGACAAGUUUCAAGCAGUUCUAAACAAGUUCAGUAAUAUUUUAACGAAAAAGGUCAUUGAUGAUAUCAGUAAAAAGCUUGAACUUCUUGGAGAACGGUGGAGAAAGGCAUCCCUGUCUGAACAAGUACGAGUCAGGACAGUCCAGCUAGCUAUAGCCCUCCAUGAUGGUGAGACGGAGAAAGCAAGCCAUUUACAACUUGCUUUGGUGGUGGAUCAUAUUGCUGAGGUGAACCAGUGGAUAAUGGGUGUGAAACGUUUGAUACAACAGCAGCAGCUGUCAGAGAAGGAGAUAGAGAUAAUAUCAGAAAACCGCCAGUCAUCAGAAAGAGCACAGACUGAACAAUCUGAGACGACAGAUUCUACAAAUAUUUUCCAAGAGUUCAAUUCUGCCAGUGAAAAUUUAGAGACUAAGACAAAUGAACUGUCUACUGAUGCAGUGUCUGAGACAAAUGAACAUAGUGCUGAUGUUGGUGACAAAAAUACUCAUGAACAGAAGUCUGCUGAAAACGAGUCAGAUGCUAAAGAUGCCUCUAACAAUGAUGAAAACCAAGAACCUGAUAGAACAUAAAUGAUUACUGCUUUUAUCUGUUAAACCUGAACCAUGUUUUGCUGGUUUUUCCUUUCCCCUCUUGUGCAAUAGCUCAAUGAUUACGAUGAUUGAGACUUCAUAUUAGAAUCAGUGUUUUUAUGCCCCCCGGAUCAAAUGAUUGGGGCUAUAUUGUUUUUGGCCUGUCUGUCAUUGUAUGUGUGUGUGUGUGUGUCCCAAAACUUUAACCUUGGUCAUAACUUUUGCAAUAUUGAAGAUAGCAACUUGAUAUUUGGCAUGCAUGUGUAUCUCAUGGAGCUGCACAUUUUGAGUGGUGAAAGGUCAAGUUCAAGGUUAUCCUUGAAGGUCAAAGGUCAAUUUUUUUUUUCAAAAACUUUAACCAAAACUUUCACCUUCUUCAUAACUUUUGCAAUAUUGAACGUAGCAACUUGAUAUUUGGCAUACACGUGUAUCUCAUGGAGCUGCACAUUUUGAGUGGUGAAAGGACAAGGUCAAGGUCAUCCUUCAAGGUCAAAGGUAAAAAUAAAAGUCAAAGAGGCGCAUUAGGGGGCAUUGUGUUUCUGACAAACAAAUCUCUUGUUGUUAUGUGCUUGUAGAAUGAAUAAGAUUUUUAAGGCUUGUGUUUUUAGAUUAUUCAAUUAUGAAACAGAUAUAAUUGGUAACCUUAACCUUCAUAUUAACUGAAUAGUAAGCAUUAUCUUUGAAGAUCUUUUAUUCAUAUAAUAUAUUGAAUUAUGUGUUAAUGUUUUAUUUUGUGCUAAUGAAUCACAUACAUACACAAUAUGGUCAGGUGGAUAUAUGGUACUGGAUAUGUACUGUACAUUGGUUUGUCAGAAUGUAAUAUUACUUGAUAAUAAUAUACACAUGGCACAAAAAGCAUGGUGUUUUUUACAUGUGUAAAUGGUGCACUUAAAAUAAAAGUAGUUAUGUAAGUGCGGUUGUUUUUGUUUUUUGUUAAUGAUGGCAAGUGACAUGUCAGGGGAUAAUGCUUUUAAGGGUAAUAUUGCAAUUGCAUGUGGGUAUUAAUGUUGUUUAUCUGAUAAAAUGGGCUUCUUAUUGGAUUUUCAUCUAAUGGUAUAUAGCUUAUUGUGAUAACAUGCAUUUACGAUGUAUAAGGGCUGUUUUCUGUGAAAAGGUGGUUUAAUGUAAGUGCAUAAAGUGUUGUCCCAGAUUAGCCUGUGCAGUCUGUGCAGGCUUAUCAGGGAUGACACUUUGUGCUUUUAUGUUUGUUUUUUCGUUUUCUCAAAGUCUCUUCUUAUAAAAGAUCCAGUUUAGUCUGUGCAGACUGCACAGGCUUAUUAGGGAGGACACUUUACCACACAUGCAUUAAACCCCCUUUUCACAGAGCAUGGCCCAUAUCAUUAUUAUUAGAAAUGUUUUAUUUGUACUAGUCAGUCUAAAAAAUUGUAGGAUUUAUUAUUAGAAAUUAUAUUAUCAUUUGGCAGUAUCUAUAUAACAUGUUUAUUUAUUUAUUUCAUUUUUCUGCAGAUAUUAAGGCUUCUUAGUUUGCAAAUAUUUAGGCUACUUAGUUUUAAUAUAAGAACUGUAAGAUAUCUUAUUAGUAGAAAUUAACAAUGUAUACAUGUAUAUUCUGCUGUCUGGCAAAACCGGGCUUAAUAAAUGUGCAUAAAGUGUUACCGGUAUUCGCAGAUAAGCCUGUGCAGUCUGUGCAGGCUAAUGAGGGACGACACUUUGCUUUCAUGGAUUUGUUUAAAGAAAGUCUUCUUUGUUUAAACAGUGUAAAUGGAAAGUGUUGUCCCUGAUAAGCCUGCUCUGACAGCACAGGAUAAUCAGAUAUUACUCUUGAAACAACACUAACGCUAAUGCACAGCAUUCAGUCCGGUUUUCACAGAGAUGAAAGGCUAAAAUGAAUUAUCUUUUUAAAUAAGUUCAUGGCACACAAAAAGUGACACAACAUAAAUUAUUAUGUUACAGUUUAAUCAAUACCUUGUUUUAUUCAGACAUGAGCUUGUUGCAUUUAAUGAAUUGUGAUUGACAUAAGCUACCAAUACAUCUGUGCAUGUUGUUGAAUUUUGUUCUAACAAUAUUAAGUAUAACAAUAACAAAUUAUUUUGCAGUCAGAUACUGGCGCAUGUGGAUUUAAAAAUAUGAUUCGUUUUUGCUAUUGUUUAUGCAUCACAUGUAAUGACUUAUGUAAUUUUAUUAUGAUAUUUCUACUACUGGCAAGUAAAUUAUAAUAAAACCAUAUAACUGAACAGCUGCCUUAUUCUCUUCAAAUGUUGCACAAGUGUUUUUGUUGUAGUUGUGAUACUUUUCAACUUCUUUGGUGGCAACUGACUUGUCAUGUAUGUCAUAUUAGUUAUGUCCUUAAAUACAACUUUUCUAACAAUUAUACUUAGUAAUUCAAUUAAACAGGGCACAUGGGAAACUAAGUCGGUCAAAAGCUAUUCAUAGCUUAUGUUUAUAAUGUUUGUAUAUUAUACCGACAAUAAAUAAAUAUUGAUUUGAAUUUAAAUUAAUACUUUCAUCAUAUAAUAUUGAUAAUGCGUUCUUUCGUUAUAUAAUAUUAAAAAUGUGCUUAGCUUCUUAAAUAAAUGCCUGGUAAUAUUUGGCAUUUGUCUAAUUUUUUAAACUGAAAAUAUAUGCAUGUUAAACCUUCCAAACACCAAACAUGUAUUUCAAUUAAAUGUAAUCUGUUGUUUAACUGAAUAAAAUAUUAACAUUUU